UUGAAAAUAUCGUAUGAAUGUGGAAAACGUGUGGUUACCGUUGCAGGGGUGAUCCAGCGCUCAAGUUUCAGCCAACUCGAUCAACUUAGUGAUGCUCGACGUCAGGCUGGUCGCCACACGAGUUUGGUCAACUUGCUGCCUUUGCAACCUGAGUCUGCAGUGAUUGAGAAACGAAGCGCGCCACCAUAUCCAGAAGAACGAGUAGGACAAAAGCUCAUUGUGAAGGUUGCGAAGCUCACACUCGAUCCAUACUUCGAGCCGGUUUUCGGCUCAAUAGCGAUUUAUGAUGCCAAGACACGGCGGAAAGUUAGUGAAAAUUUUUACUUUGAUGUCAAUCCGGAUGAGGUGCGACGUCUGCUUGAUAGGAAGCGUGCUCAAGAGGAACCAUCACAGAGAUGCAGCCAAGCAGCAUUCAAUCUGUCCUGUCCUCUUAGCGACUUGUUCAUGGUUGUGAAGCUCGAGAAAGUUCUGCAAGCCUGUGAAAUAGGGGAUGCAUCAGAGCCUUAUGUAAGUUGUGCGGCAAAAGAUGAUCGGACUAGGGAAAAGCUUUCGGCUGCGGCCUCCGAUUACUGCGAACGUCUAGGUAGGACGAGAUCCUUUCGGAUGCCAUUGGGUUUCAUGGUAGUUGAUCUGCAGAAGGUCCUUAUGGGAGCGAAUUCCUUAGAACGGUCAGAAAUGACCAUGUCCACCGUGACGGCAGCGUCUUCGAUAACGAUGACAGGUAACAGCUAG